GCGAGAGCAAACAACACCGUCGUGCAACGAGGCCCGUCGAGCAACAAGCGCUGUCAACAGACAGCUGCGCAGCCCCACCAGACCAGCCAAGAACAGUUGCACCAGUCCUCGUGCCAAGUAGCGCUUGAGAAAGCGAACACAGGCACUGCAACCAUGCUCAGGACACUGUGCGUCGCCGCGAUGGUGGCUAGCUACGCGCCGCGACGACGGCCAGCCGUCGCGCGGCCGGUCUGCGCGCACCAGCGACGGAGUCUGCUGCGGUACGCGGCGGACGGCGACACCGACGAAGACGUCCAGCACAUCAUCACGUGUGGCUCCUGCAAGGCCGUCUACGCCAUCGACAAAGACAUUCUUGGCAAGGGUGCCGGCGCGAAGGUGCAGUGUGAAGUCUGCGGCAACGUCUGGUUCCAGGCGACGGCGCGCGUCAACACCUGUGUGGAAAUCAAAAGUUUACGGCGCGUUCGUGCUGAAUCAUCGCGUCGUCCUCCACGCCAUCGACGCGAGGCUGGCACCCGACGCAGUGGUUGAUUUCCACACAGGUGAACACGCUCUUCGACGGCUUUGAACUAAAAGAGUACGACGCCGAGAAGGCCCAAGAGGCCAUCGACAAGCAAAAGGCCCGGGCCAAGGAGGCCGCGGACCGGCCGCCGCGCAAGCGGGGCGCCGCGACGUUGUUCGUCGCGAAUUUGCCUUUUCGUUAUAGUGAUGACGACGUCGUCGCGCUCUUCGCCGAGGUCGCGCCGAUCACGUCGGCCCAGGUCGUCAUGGACGACGACGGCCGAUCGCGGGGCUACGGCUUCGUCGACGUCAGUGCAAAAAUCAAAUUGUCGCGGCGCGUCUCACGGCCUCCACGCCAUCGACGCGACGCCAGCUCGAGCACCCGACUCACUGUUUGAUUUGUGCACAGGUCGAGAUCGAGGUCGCGGCCGACGCCGAGCGGCUGAUCUCGGAGUUCCACGGCUCGGACGUCGGCGGCCGCGACCUCAUCGUUCGGCCGGGUAAGCAAUCGGGCGGCGACGGCGGCGGGCGCGGCGGCGGCGGGCGGGGGCGCGGGCGCGGCCGAGGACGU